GGCCGUGGGAACUAUAGUUCAAAAUGGCGGCCUGCUAUGUAAGGAAAAAUCUCGAUGCUUUGAAGAAACUACCUCGAGUAGCAUUAAAUAAUAUUAGAGACAUACCAGAAGCAUUCAUAACGCACCGUCGUAAAGGAAGAGGUCCAGGCUCUGGUAGAGGUAAAACUGCAGGUCGUGGUCAUAAAGGACAAGGGCAGAGGACUGGAAAACCCAGACUUGGUUUUGAAGGUGGACAAACACCAUUUUACAUUAGAGUACCAAAACAUGGAUUCAAAAACAAAUUUGAGAAAGUCUACGAGCCACUCAAUCUAAACCGACUUCAAUACCUAAUAGACAGCAAGCGGUUAAAUGUUGCAAAGCCAAUUACAAUGUAUCAUUUGUGGAAGGCUGGAGCAGUGGGGAAAAUACAAGAUGGAGUAAAACUUCUUGCAACUGGGGAUUCAUGGUUUAAAGCCACAGUUGAUAUUGAAGUAAGCAAGGCAUCCAAGACAGCAAUAGAGGCCAUUGAACGACAAGGUGGUAAAAUAAMGUGUGCCCAUUAUAACAAACUGGGGUUAAGAGUUUUAUUGAAACCUGAAAAAUUUGAAGGAAGACUUGUGCCAAGACGAGCUCAACCACCAUCAAAAUUAAUGCCAUACUAUACAAGUAUUGAAAACCGUGGAUAUCUCGCUGAUCAGGACGAAUUAGAGGAAGCAAGACUAAAAACAUUUAAGAAAUUCAACCAAGAAGAAGAAGUAGAUUAAAUAAAGUCAGUCAUCUGUACAAAGUGUCAUCAAAAAUACAAAAAACAUACAUUGCUUGUGGCUCUUAUAAUGCUAAAUCUAACUGGAGUAGAGUUCAUUUAUUGUUGCUUGAUCCACCAGAUGUUCAAUUUUAACAAGAAGGGGGGGUGUGUGUGUGUGUGCAUUAUCCACACCAUGCACACUACAUACUACCACCAUAUUUCUACAUUUAUUGCCCAGAUGUUCGCCUGCUGGGCAGCCGGAAUUCCUAGAUGGUCCCGGUAUUUUGAAAGGAAAUCCCGUGAUGCAACAUAGUCUACCUAUACUAUGAUCACCUGUGGUAAGGUUGUCCGUAAAACCGCGGCACUUUAAGAAGGAUUUUCGUUUGACCGUGAAAGAGAUGACAAAGUAAUUCUUGGCAAGAACCACUUUCAGUUCUUUUGAUACAGUGUACCAAUAAGUACAAAUUUUUUUCGGCUCAGUUCAUGGUUAAGAGUGAAAAUUACUCUAAAACAACUAGAAAGUACUGACUKAAUUUUGUCAGUCGAUUUCCAGUUGGGUUUUUUCGUCUGUGUUCUAUUAGUAUCUUGCUAGGCUAUUCUCUGUAGCUGAUUUCCUACCGCCUUUGGUGUGCGUUGACAGAAUAACGUGGGCUACACAAGCAAACCAGAAAUGGCUGCAUGUCAUUGAAACACAAGAUCUAUUCAUGGACAUGAGUUUUCGAUUAGAAAUAUCCAUAGAUCAGGUGUUUCUAUGCAGGAGAGUUGGAUUUGUCUCUGCAGGGCUCAGACAUUCAAAACGAAUGUAAAACUAAUUGAAAGGACACGAUGAAAUCUUUCACUU